AUGCCCGCGAGCGCCUUUGACGGCACAUGGCUCUGUGGCGAGCCUCUAGCCCCGUGUCCAACCCCUCCGCCGCCGCCACCGUCUCUGUCACCGCCGCCUGCUCCGGGCGCUGCUAAUGGUAGCAGCAGCAGGAAGCUCUCCACUGGUGUGAUCGCCGGCAUUGCUGCGGGCGGUGCCGUGGCGUUCUUGGUUUUGAUCGCCACGAUCUUCUUCCUCUGCUUUUGGUGUCAGAGGACAAUGGCUGAAAAAUUCGCGGCGGCGGCAGCGGCGGCCGACGGCAACCUGGACGCGUCUCCUGAGUCGGUCACCGUGGCGAGCAUGGACCCGCCGCCUGGCCAUGGCUGGGCGUGGCCUGGGCUGGCUGGCCGCAAUGUAUAG